UUACAGAGCGUUUCCGUGCGAAGUGUGCAGAUAUUACGGGAGUUGCAUUGACAAUGUUGCGCACGGUUUUCCUCCGAACUUUACCGCAAGUUUAUCGCGUCUCCGCGUGCCGUCAUUUCACGAUUCCUGCUCCCAACACCCAACCAGACGUCCACUAUAACAAGAUUUUCAUUAACAACGAGUGGCAUGAUGCAGUAAGCAAGAAAACUUUCCCAACCAUCAAUCCAACUACCGGUGAAGUUAUCUGUCAGGUUGCAGAGGCUGAUAAGGCUGAUGUGAACAAGGCUGUGGAAGCUGCUAGAAAUGCCUUUUUGUUUGGGUCUCCAUGGCGACGCAUGGAUGCAUCACAUCGUGGAUGGCUCCUGAACCGACUGGCCGACUGCAUUGAGAGAGAUUCUGCGUAUCUAGCUGAACUUGAGACUCUUGACAAUGGGAAGCCGUAUGCAAUCUCCUACACUGUGGAUGUGCCCAUGGUGGUCAAAUGCUUGAGGUAUUAUGCUGGGUGGGCCGACAAAUGGGAGGGGAAGACUAUUCCGAUCGAUGGGGAUUACUUCUGUUACACAAGACAUGAACCUGUUGGAGUGUGUGGCCAAAUUAUACCUUGGAACUUCCCUAUGUUGAUGCUGGCGUGGAAGCUUGGGCCUGCUCUGGCUACAGGAAACACAGUUGUGAUGAAGGUGGCAGAGCAAACACCUCUCACUGCGCUCUAUAUCGCCAGUCUUAUCAAAGAGGUGGGUUUCCCUGCUGGUGUUGUCAACAUCAUCCCAGGAAUGGGUCACACGGCAGGGGCAGCCAUCACAUCUCACAUGGAAGUUGACAAAAUAGCAUUCACCGGCUCCACUGAGGUAGGUCAGCUCAUCCAGAAAGCCUCUGGCAGCAGUAAUCUUAAGAAGGUGACACUGGAGCUGGGAGGAAAGAGUCCCAACAUCAUUUUAUCAGAUGCUAACAUGGAGGAAGCCGUUGAGCAGGCCCAUUUUGCCCUCUUCUUUAACCAGGGCCAGUGUUGCUGUGCAGGCUCCCGUACGUUCGUGCAGGAGAACAUCUAUGAUGAAUUUAUAGAGAGAAGCGUGGAGAGAGCCAAGAAGAGGAUCGUGGGAGACCCCUUUGAUCUGAAAACCGAGCAGGGACCCCAGGUGGAUGAGAAACAGUUCCAGAAGAUUUUGGGUUACAUCAGCAUCGGGAAGCGCGAGGGUGCCAAGCUGAUGUAUGGUGGGGGGGUUGCAGCCGACCGCGGUUACUUCAUCCAGCCCACCAUUUUCGGUGACGUUCAGGAUAACAUGACGAUCGCUCGAGAGGAGAUCUUUGGACCGGUGAUGCAGGUUCUGAAGUUUAAAUCUUUAAAGGAAGUUAUCGACAGAGCCAAUGACAGUAAAUAUGGCCUGGCAGCUGCUGUUUUCACCAAAGACAUUGACAAGGCCAAUUAUGUCUCCAACGGCCUGCGCGCUGGCACCGUUUGGAUCAAUUGCUACGACGUGUUUGCAGUUCAAGCUCCCUUUGGAGGAUAUAAGGCAUCAGGAAUUGGCCGUGAAUUGGGACAGUAUGUACUGGACAACUACACAGAGGUCAAAACGGUUAUCACCAAGGUUCCACAAAAAAAUUCUUAAAUGGUUGGAGGUGUCUGAAGAAGCAGACAAGCAGAUUAUUAAAAUGUCAUUCUGCUUCAAUAUCGUCAAGUUAUAUGUUGGUCAAAAGUAUUAACUUAAUUCUGUUCAACAUAAGAAUGAUAUAACCAUGACUGUUUAAUUGCAUGCAUAUGUUUAUGUUAUUCAUUUGUUGUUUAAAAGUACUUAAAUAGGUGUGUAAUUUACUACUUGUUAUUAUGCAUUGAAAAAAUCAUUAAACACUAACAGAGAUUAAAUAGAAAUGUAACUUUUUAUAAAAAAACAGCAUUUCUACUGUUUACUUGAGUGUUUUAUGCUUACAACUGUAUAAGCUCUAAUUUUCUUUAAUCAAUCUUUCACAAUUGUGUAAAACCUUAUUAUAAAGCUUUAAAACCUU